UGCGGUCCGCAACUGCGUCGCGUGGUGCAGGGUGGAAACGCGCCUGCUUGAUUCCGUUCCGAGUCCCGCAUGCCAGUCCAACAGCAGCAGCAAGGAUGCCGCCGAUAGGGACAUUUUGGCUCGUCCUUUGCAUGUGCCUGUGCAGCAGCCUGGCUAAGAAGCCUGCUCGCUGCCCUUCAACUUGCAGCUGUUCCAAGGAAUCCAUCAUUUGCGUCGGCUCCUCUUCCGUCCCCAGGUUGAGCCCCGGCGACAUCAUUUCUUUGAGUAUUGUCAAUGGCACUUUCUCAGAGGUCAAAGAGGCAAUGUUCUCGCACAUGCCGUCACUCCAGCUGGUGCUUCUCAAUUCCAACUCACUUACCACAAUAAGGGAUGAUGCCUUCUCUGGCCUUCCGCAUCUGGAAUACCUGUUUAUUGAGAGCAACAAGAUCGAGACCGUCUCCAAAUAUGCCUUCCGAGGACUGCGGGACCUCACGCACUUGUCGUUAGCCAACAACAAAAUCAAGGCGCUGCCUCGGGACCUCUUCAAUGAGCUGGACUCUCUCAUCGAACUGGACCUGCGAGGCAACGCCUUCCAGUGCGACUGCCAAGCCAAGUGGUUGAUGACGUGGUUGCGGAGCACCAACGCCACCGUGUCCGACGUGCCCUGCGCCGGGCCGGAGGACGUCCAGGACAAGCGCCUCAACGACAUGAGCUUGCAAAACGAGUGUAUCUCGACAGAUUUCAUCCUGCAUCAAAGCAUGAGCUCAGAGUCGUUGUCCGUCGACACGUUCAGCUACAAGAACGACGUCUUUGUGGCGGUCGCCGCUCCCGGCGUGGAGAGCUGCAUGGUCCUCCAGUGGGACCACAUCGAAAUGAACUUCAGGACUUACGAUAACAUCACAGGUCAGUCCAUCGUGGGAUGCAAGUCGGUGGUGAUCGAGGACCAGGUGUUUGUCAUCGUGGCUCAGCUCUUCGGCGGCUCGCACAUCUACAAGUUUGACGAGGACCAAAGCACCUUCACCAAAUUCCAGGACAUCGAGGUGUCCAAGAUCUCCAAACCCAACGACAUCGAGGUUUUCCAGAUCGGCUCCGACCGCUUCUUCGUGAUUGCCGACAGCUCCAAAGCGGGCCUGUCCACCCUCUACAAGUGGAACGACAGCGGUUUUUAUUCCUACCAGUCGCUUCACGAGUGGUACCGCGACACAGAUGCCGAGUUCUUGGACUUGGACGGGAAAGCGCACUUGGUAUUGGCGAGCCGCUCGCAGGUUCCCGUCAUCUACCAAUGGAGCCGCACCAACCGGAAGUUUGCGCUCCACGGCGAGAUCCCCGACACGGAGGACGUGGUGGCCGUCAAGCACUUCCGGAUCAAGGACGAGCUCUACCUGGCCGUCACGCGUUACAUCGGGGACUCCAAAGUCCUGCACUGGGGCGCAAAGCAGUUCUCGGAGGUCCAGGCGCUACCAUCGCGAGGCGCCAUGAUCCUGCAGCCCUUCUCCUUCAAAGAGCGCCACUAUCUAGCCCUGGGAAGCGACUACACCUUCUCACAGAUCCUCCAAUGGGAUGAGCAGCAGAGCGAGUUUGAGCGCUUCAAGGAGGUCUACAUCCAGGCGCCGCGAUCCUUCACCGCCGUGUCCACGGACCGACGGGACUUUGUCUUUACGUCCAGCUUCAAGGGGAGCACGCAGAUCUGGGAGCACGUCAUCGUGGACUUGAGCUCGUGAGUCACUGGGCCAUAUUGCAAUGUUCAAACUACCCAAAGUCUUCCGCGAUUGAGGAGCGACGUUUCGGGAUUUAGCGGAAUUUUCACAAAAUUUUCAGUAUAUUUCCAGGACGUUAGCUAUAUUACCUAACACGAAUACGUUCAAACAUAUUCGCUAAUUAGUUCAAAUAUACUAGAAAGAUUUGUUCAAACGUACUUGGAGAUAAAUGAGUAGCAUGCUAAUAAAUGCUACAUAAGUAGCAUUUUACCUAUAAUGCCACAGCCUAUUGACUUGUACAUGUGCAAAUAUUAAGUAUAAGUAUUAGUAUUUGGCCUACAGUACACCAAAAUUUAAAAAAAAAAAAGGGGUAAAAUGCUACGUUUGUAGCAUUUAGCUCCAAGUACAUUUGGAUUUAUUUGCCGAACAAAAAGAAUUACUCCAAAUUGGAAACUCCACGCUUCCGUGAUAAAAUCUUACGCAAUAUGAUUUUACUAUGCGUCGUAAUUGAAAACAGAACGGUGUUGAAAAAAAAUCCACCUAGCCCUUCUUUCAUAAAAAUGACAAAAUAUUUUUUGAACCAGUCAAUUUGAUUCGAAUGUAGAACAGCAAAGUUUGAAUAUUGAAUUUCUGGAUUCAUUGCGUUCCCUGCGCUUUUUGUUCUCGAGUCUGGACGUCGUCUGUGCAUGUGACGUCAGAAUGCACUUUGCAUGUAGGCGUCGUGCACCCAACUCAGUCGCCCUGCACUCUGCAUUUUUGAUCGAGGAAUAGCCUAAAUAUUCAAUUAUACUUCAAUGACAUAUUUGUGUUUUUAAUUUUGAUCAAAUUUAUUUAACUCGCUAACUUCCAAGUCUGUAAAUUCCUGCUUUCUUGCCGUUCAUUUCUAGAAGGUUUUGAAGAUUUCUAACAACCCCCACGCAGACUUUAUAAAUUAAAUAGAUUUUCUUCAAACGUUGAUGUGUGAUUAAAAAUGGACAGAAAGGACCAUUUGUCUUUUUCUGGCCACAUUUGAGCUCCAAGCUUUUGUUUGGAAGCAUGUGCGCGAAUGUCCCGUCCGUUGCCUUCUCGACACGUGAACGAGCAUCGCAUCCCUUUUGCUGGGAAAGUCUUGAAGCACAAACCUUUAAACUGCUACCAAUGUUGCAUUUGGGUUUCGUAGCCUGCCGAUCAAACAAGGCAUCGCUCGACCAUGAGCUGAAUGUUAAUUUGCAAAUGACGCGUUCAUCCCCCACCCCCUAAAAAAAAAAAAAAAACUCAACAUGCCUGGCCAUCC